UUUGGCGCCAUCACCAUUUUCAAUCCAAAGAACAUUCCCUUUCUCUCUCUAAAACCCAGCUAUGCAGAUUCCGGUGAUCGAUCUCUCGCCCUACUUGGAAUUCUCCAGGAAUUCUCAUCAGGAGCCUGAUUCGAAUCUGAAGAGUCUGUGCUCGGAGGUCAGCCGAACCCUAAAAGAGACGGGAGCUCUGCUUGUGAAGGAUCCGCGAUGCUCCGCCGCAGACAAUGAUCGGUUUCUCGACAUGAUGGAGAAGUAUUUCGAAAUGCCCGAUGAUUUCAAGCGCCUGCAGGAGCGUCCGCACCUCCAUUACCAGGUUGGAGUAACACCUGAAGGAGUUGAAGUACCCCGUAGUUUAGUGGAUGGAGAAAUGAAAGAAAAGCUAAAAUCAAUGCCAGUAGAGUCUCAGCCCUCCAUUCCCACUGGACCUGACCCUAAGUGGCGGUAUAUGUGGAGGAUUGGUUCACGGCCAUCAAGUACCCGCUUUAAGGAACUUAACUCUGAGCCUGUCAUACCUGAGGGAUUUCCUGUGUGGAAAGACACCAUGGAUUCAUGGGGGUCCAAAAUGGUCUCUGCUAUAGAGGUUGUUGCCGAAAUGGCAGCAGUUGGAUUUGGCCUGCAGAAAGAUGCAUUCACUUCUCUUAUGAAUCAGGGACCACACCUACUUGCACCAACAGGAAGCAAUCUAAGACGUCAUGGCCAAAUCGGCACUGUAUUUGCUGGGUAUCAUAAUGACCUCAACUUUCUUACAAUUCACGGGAGGAGUAGGUUUCCAGGACUAAAUAUUUGGCUGAGCAAUGGGCAAAAAAUGGAAGUGAAAGUUCCUGUGGGAUGUCUUCUCAUUCAAACAGGAAAGCAGAUAGAAUGGCUAACUGGUGGAGAAUGCAUAGCCGGCAUGCAUGAAGUUGUUGUGACUGAUCGCACCAUUGAAGCAAUGAAGUUGGCUUCAGAGCAAAACCGCAGCCUUUGGAGAGUCUCCUCAACACUUUUCGGGCACAUAGCAUCAGAUGCAGUUUUGAAACCGCUAGGUCAUUUUGCGGACUCACCGCUAGCCUGCAAAUACCCCCUUAUGUAUGCUGGAGAGUUUGUAGAGCUGGAGCUCGCAGUUAUCAAUCUCAAAGGAAGUAAAGAAGAGGCAUCGUAGUUUAAAGCUGGAGAUGGUGGUUCGAUUUAUGUCCAUAUGGUUGUGGGAGUGUUGUGUCAUCGAUUACUUGAAUGAAUUGGUGGCUACACAGAGAAAUGUCAUUUCUUUACGCUAUUAAAUUAUUUAAUGCGUUGAUGAUAGAGUUCACAUGCAUCAUGCCUUGUCCAUUGAAAUGGGAAUUCUUGAAUUUAUUAAAUUAAACGGGAAAA